CGUGUCCCCGCCCUGAUGCUUGGAACCCAUGAACAUGUGACCUUACUUGGUAAAAGGGACUCUGCAGAUGAGAUUGACUCGUGGUGCAAAGAUAACAGCUACGUGAUCGCCGGCUACUACCAGGCCAACGAGCGGGUCCGGGACGCCAGUCCGAACCAGGUCGCAGAGAAGGUGGCAUCCAGGAUCGCCGAGGGCUUCAGCGACACGGCCCUCAUCAUGGUGGACAACACCAAGUUCACGAUGGACUGCGUGGUGCCUACGAUCCACGUGUACGAGCACCACGACAGCAGGUGGCGGUGCAGAGACCCGCACUCGGAUUACUGUGAAGACUGGCCGGAGGCCCAGCGCAUCUCCGCGUCUCUCCUGGACAGCCGGUCGUACGAGACCCUCGUGGAUUUCGACAACCACCUGGAUGACAUCCGGAAUGACUGGACGAACCCGGAGAUCAACAAAGCCGUCCUGCACCUGUGCUAGGGGCUCAGGCCGCUCCGGGCCUCUGCACCGCACCGAAGGAGAGAGCUAUUUUUAGAUGUAAAUAAGGUCUGACCUAGAGCCUGCGCGGAGAGCUGACCGUUUCAGAGGUGGCAAGUGUCCUGACGGGACAGGACGGCCAUCGGCCGGCUUCUCGACGCAGAGGGUACGGGCUGCCCCGGCGGAGUCCUUCCCGAUGCUCCACAUCGGGGCUGUCUCUGCUUGUCCAAGGUUGUUCUAUUAUUAAACAGUUUUAACCUUUUAUAA